AUGGUCGCUGAAAUAGAUGGUGCUGGAUGGCCUCGUAUAGCAUCAGUGCUGAUACGAUGCAAGAUGCUAACACCAUCUACUGCUGUGAGAGAAAUGCUGUGGCAGCGAAGCUGGAGUGCGGAAAUUGCCUCCCUGCGUCACGUGAUCUCGAAAAACAGCAGCCUUCUGUUUCUGGUGCUCUUAGCAGCACAGUUCGGCUUGCAGCCGCUGCUGUCGAAGCAGCUGCUGCCACGGGGGCAUCUUCCGCAAGUCUUCCUGUUGAGCUCCAACUUCUCCAGGAUACUUAUAUCUCUUUUCAUCUUGAUGUUUGGCAACACGCGAGAUGAAAUUGCAGAUAUCGUCCGCGCCUGGAGUCUGCGCGAGUCCAUCUUGAAAGCGGGUAUACCGGCGAUAAUGUUUUCGAUGCAGGGCUGGCUGUUGCAGGUCGGCCAAGCGCAUAUCGAUUCUCUCAGCUUCAAUCUUCUCAACCAGACGAAGACUCUGUCAGCAGCGCUGAUGUGUUACUUGCUUCUAGGCAGGCGACAGUCCCGAAUUCAGUGCUUCGCUUUGGUGCUUCUCUUUGUCUCAGCACUGCUGCUGGGGACGAAGGGAUGUUCCAGCUUCAAGAAGCACUCUUUAAGGGACGGCAGCGCCAGCGAUGCCUUCGUCUUUGGAGUUCUUCCCGUGGUCGUUGCAGCUUUGAGCUCUGGGCUGACAGCUGCCAUGACACAAAGGACGCUUAAGGGCUCCGCUGGGCGGAACAGCUGGCUCUAUUCCAUGGAGCUUUCGAUGUGGGGCUCUGCCUGCCUGAUCGCAGGCGUCUGCAUGAGCGACAAGCGUGGGCGGCUUCUGCAGGGACCCUACCAGGGCUGGUCUGCGCUGAGUGUCGUGCCCGUCCUAACGCAGGCCGUGGGAGGCAUACUGGUCGGGCUGGUCACAAAGUACUCUGACUCGGUGAAGAAAGGCUUUGCGCUUGUCUCUGGCAUCGUGCUAAGGCUGCACUAG